AAGAGACUCAUUAACAUUUAUUGCUAUUGCUACUACCACCACUUCACUGAUCACUCACCCAGUCAUCUCGCUGACAUUCCUCAUCGGCGUUCUGUUUUACUUUGAGGUGGCCGAUUAAGCUUCUUUCGAUAUCAAUUCUCACUGUAAAGUGGUCAUGUCGAGAAACGCUCGCCCACCGCUUCAUUCCGAACUCACUCCAUCCACCUCUGGUAUCAUACAAGAUCCUAAUACUGGAAAACGCUUGGUUGCUGCCUCCAAGAGACCCGAUGGCACUGUGCGGAAAGAAAUUCGGAUCAGACCUGGCUACACUCCGCAAGAAGAUGUUACCAAGUUUCGUUCUGCUCGACAACAAGAGUAUCACGCCAGUGACCGUCCGAAGGGUAGCGUCAUAGGUCUUUCCAAGCCAAAUCCGGUGAACCAACAACUCAAGGGUAUGAGUGAGGCUCAAAAGAAAAAUGCAAAACGAAAACAAAAAAGGCACACCCCGAUCAACCAAGCAGAGCAAGAUGAUACGCCUGAUAGUUGGGAUCGGGUUUCUACCGAAGACAAUGAAAAUGAAAAGCCGGCUGAAGAUCAAACCCCAUCGCCUCAAAUGACGAAAAAUUCGGAUUCCUCUUCGGCAGGCUCCGCCUUGUUUAGGAGUGCUCUCAAAUCCUCGAAUUCAAACCCUCAAGUCCCACUCGUCCAACAACUCGUUCCACCCAAACCAUCCCCUUUGUCCCAAUCACCAGAACCAUCUAAGCCACGCAAGACAGGUGCCGUCGAUGGUGGUGCAAAACUGUUCGAUACUGCACUCCAAACUCUCGAUCAAGACUCUCCUUCACCAGAAGCGAAUAGUCCAGAGAAAAAGUCUCGAGCCUUACGAAAAAAAUUGAUACAGGCUGAGCAGCUACAGGCUCGUGUGGCGGAAGGCCACGAGUUAUUGCCGGAACAGAUGGAGAAGAUCAGUAAGAUCGACGAGCUGAAAGAGCAACUCGAGAAGUUAGAAGUCUAGAUCUAAACGACUCUCUUUGAUAUAAUCGGACGUGGAGCGCCGUCUAGACAUGGGAGUGUAACACGAGAUCAUAGAGCGGGAACCAACCAGAUGGCUUUCAACUACUUCAUCUGUUGAUAUCAAGCGCUGGCAUGUUUUUAAGAUUACCAGCAAUGUUGUUUUAUAAUAGAGUGCUAUUUAGAGUUGUAAACGUGUCAAAUGUUUCAUUUGCAAUAGGAAUAUAAAAGGUGUU